GCGAUCGUCAUAUUAUUCUCGCCGAGUACAUGAUAGUGUGACGUGAUGUAAACAAAACAAAAAAAGGGUAGCCCUUGCUAGUAACGGUUAGUGGAUAGUCGGUGUUUUACUCUGUAAACUCAGCAAAAUUAGUUAUAGCGGUGAGAAAGGGAACACCGAGUUGUGUCGCGUGACAUUUUAAAGUUACUAGUUGCACAUUUUGCAUUUUUUUUCCCGGGGAAUUUUAUGAAAUCUUAGCUGGCGGUGUGUGCAGGCUGGUCGUAGAGAUUGUUUACAUUCCAUGCAUGACGCGUUGUGUUCUGGGAAGAGGUGUUUAACGAUUUAAUAUUUUAGUGCGAUUUAGUGUCACGGCAAAAAACACGUGCUAGUAAAGUGGUUCGCGAUAAAUGUCCUCGUUUGUAAUGUAGUGUAUGACGUAACCGUUUAAAUGGACGGCUUAAGAUCGUUAUUGCUGGUUGUUGUGUAAGCUUCACUACCCCCCAGAGAACACUAUGACAGAUGCAGAGCUGAACGAUUCAGCUCACGCGAGCAAAAUUCUUUCCCUUUGCUGGAGUUCCGGAACAUUGGCCGCGUCGUAUUACGACAUUGACCAGUUGGAAUUGUACGCAAUCCUGCAGGCCACGGAACCGAGACCGCAGUAUCCGCUGGCUAGAAACUUGAUCCGUCAAUACACUCCUCUGUUCUAUCUGCUAUCUGGGUCCAAACACUUUCAUGAUGACAUUCCAGAGCUGCUGGAUCUUCCAGAAGGGACGGUUUUGCAGCGACUUGGCACGGGGAAGAUCGAAACCCACGAGCAUGCUCGUACCUGCGAGUUUAGCUCGAGGGCAAUCAAGAACAGUAUGACGAAAAUUCUUUCCAUGAACCUUCCCGGCAUGCCAACUCAAGCAUCCGAAUCAGAACGGCGCAUCUUCUUGGCCAGUGUGCUCCCCGUUGAGCAGGAACUGUUGAUCCAUGCCGUUGGUAGCUUGUUGAAGCUUCUGGAGCAGAUCAUUCCGGCAGAUGAUGGUCCGCUUGUGACACGAAUCAAUGUCCUAACUCCAGACACUCAGCUGAUAAUCGACGAACUGACCUAUCAGUCUUUGCAAAUCUUCAACUCACGGCUGCAUCCAUCUGGGUUCAAACAGAAAGUGGAAUCCAGCUCGUGCUCGUUAAUAAAGCUGUUCAAUCGGUGUUCAUCAAACAUUGGCAAGCUUGAACUGAGGACGAUAAUGCAGCAGCCGGUGCGCGACCUAGCCGAGCUGGAACUGCGGUUGAACACCGUACAGUGGUCCGUUGCUGGACGGAACUCCCGAUCUGCCGAAGAGAUGCGAAAUGUGAUUGGGAACUUGACGAAGGUGCAACCGGUGUAUCGAAAGAUCGCGAAGCAGUCAACCAAGAAUAGCGACUGGAAGUCCUUGAAGAAGAACGUCUACUAUCUUUAUAUGCUCUGUAAAUUGUGCCUGGCUGUUGGGGAACCGGAGCUACGGGGAACCGUAAUCAAUAUAUUGGCUGAAUUUGUUUCGGAAGAGGAAAACGCCCUGAAGCAGCUUCUGUUCACCUUGGAUGAAGUUGUCGACUUGGACCGAGGGACUCAAAACAACAAAUUCACCGUGAAGCGAGGGAUUGAUCGUGAACUGGAUCGUAUACGGACGAGCUUUGACGAAACACGAGGGCUGCUGAUGGAAACGUCCCGUGUUGACUUUGAGAAUCUACCGGUGGACAUGAGCGAUGUGUACGUGACGUUCCUGCCGAGUUACGGGUACGUGUUCAGUAGCAGCAGAUGUGAAGAGUUGCGUGAUCCAGCGGUUUUCGAGCAGUCAGCGAUGAACUUGGUGUUUCAAUCCGAAGGCAGUGUGUACUUCCAGAACGAUAUGUGCAAGGAGCUGAAUACCGAGUUUGGAAAUCUGCUGGUGACUAUGAACGAUCGUGAAAAUACCGUUCUAAUGAAACUCGUGUCUUUCGUCGAUCAGGCCAUUCCCCAUGUUUUAGCCAUUUUCAAACAUGUCGGCAAGCUUGACGUUCUGCUCGCGUUUGCAUCCGUUGCCGUGAGUCAAGAAUUUACGCGCCCAACAUUGACGGAUCAAAAGAUUCUCCAGAUCAAGCAAGGUAGACAUCCACUGGUGGAACAGUUCAAAACGUAUCAUCCCAACGACACGGACUUUAGCGCUGCCAACGAACGCAUCGUAAACGUAUUCGCAAGCAGAGAAUCCACGGGAAAAACUCUCUACUUGAAGGAGAUCGCCCUAAUUGCUUAUCUAGCUCAUAUCGGGUCGUUUGUACCGGCACAAUCCGCAACAAUUGGGCUGCUGGACUCGAUUUAUUCGCGGCUCGAUUUUCCGGAAUCCAUCUUCAGCGGGAAAUCGUCCUUCAUGGGCGAGCUGUACCAGAUGUCGAACAUCCUGAUGAACACCACCUCGAAAUCGCUUGUACUCAUCGACGAGUUUGGCAAGGGCACAACCUAUACCGAGGGCAAGGCACUGCUCAUCUCCAGUGUAGAGCAUUUGCUGCAAAAGGGUUCGCAAGCUCCAAUCGUAACCGUCGCUACGCAAUUUACCGACAUCGAGCGGUUUCUAGGCGAAAAUCGUUACCUGCGAAUUUAUGCGACACAACCGGAGAGUUUCAGCGAAGACGAUACGAAGUCCAGUCGUAACUUGGAAGCUAGCAGGAGACAGGACACGUUCACCAAUGCCAUUCAGACAAUGACGCUGGCCCUGGUAAAGAAAUAUGUGGCCGAUGAGAGCAUCGAUCCCGUGACGCUCGUUAUGCUGUACAAAUCCACGCCUAUCACGCAAGCGGGGAUUUCGCGGUGAAGGUUAUGGGUACCACCGGACCGUUGUAAACUAUGAAGAAGCUCUAAUAAAUCAAAUUCGUGGCCCGGUGACCGACCGUCCAUCACUUAUUCACCUUCCAUUACUGACAGUUUGAUUGGUGCUAGAUUAUUAACGCCGCCGCCGCCGCCACCACUUCUUCGCUUGACCGUGAAAACAUUUAUCGGGUUCCAUGCGGUGCACGCUGCCUAUCUCGAAGGCGCGCAACACCUCGCGUACCUUUUCGUUCACCGCUGUCCACGCUGUCUAAGUAAACAAAAGGGUCUUCCAUCAUAUGUUACGUGUGUUUGUAUGUCCAGUCCUGCCACGGUCGGAAUAUCGGGC